CUGGCUCCCAUGCUGGCUGCCAAAGGUCCUCUCCUUUACACCCUCAGCCAUGCCUGCACCUACCAAGCCAACCAGGAGACAGACACCUGCUCAGAGAAAAAAAGCCCAGAGAGGGACCAGCACUAGGGGCCAAACCUGUAACACACAGAAAACACCAGCAGAAUCCACACGGUCAACUUCGAGAAGCAACCAGGCCAAAUCAGGCCAGAGUCCUCGUGGAAGCGGGAAGAAUCCCAGGAGGUCCCCUGGCAGAGGUAGCCAUGCCGGAAAUGUAACGGGAUCUACUAGACUUAGACGGUCGAGCAGUGUGCCCGAAAACCCCCUUGGGCCGAGGAAGUCCCAACGGGGAACGCAAGUGUCUGUUGCUCCCUGCCAGUCUCCGAAAGCGUUCACAGGAGGGAAAAACAGGAGGGGGAGCAGUCGGAGAAGAGCUGCAUCCCGGCAACAAAACACAAGUAACAAGCCCUCAAGCAUCAGCAUCAACAAUUCUCCUCCUGAUGGAAAAAAUGAGAAACCAGACAACAAAGAACCCCCCAGAAUGCAUCAUGAGGCUGGCGUUGAAGCUGCGGCAAGUCUUGAGCCUAACGAUGCUAUAGAGGGUAGCUCUCUUGAAGCUGACACACAUGGAGGCGAUUUGCAGCACAGCUGUGACAGCCUUAUAACUGAAGAUGAAAAGUCUUUCAGCAAUAACAGUGAAGGGGACUCAAAGCCAGCUACUGAGGUCACAGCUUGUGACGACAGUGAUGGACGGGUAGGUGACGGGAGGGGAGAUCACACCUCUGGCUCAUCAGAAUUAACAGGCAGCGGCUCCCUGGGGGCACAGGGCAGCAGUGAGAAAAAUGACACUUCAUCUGUCCAUGGUAAUGAGCUUGAUCAUCUUGACAGCAGUGGUAAGCAAGAUGAUGGGGGCGCUGUCCAGCAAGCGGAGGGUGAAGAGCUGGCCAUGAAAGCGAGUAGGACAGAUGAGAAGCCGCUGGUUGUCACAGAGAGAGAUGUUGAGAGUUUGGAAGCAGAGACGGAGGUUGAGAGACAAGACGAGACAAUGAGAGUGAAGGAAGAAAUCGCUGUGAAGCUGGGAAGUAGUGAGAGUGAAGACAUUUGGGAAAAAGACACCCAAACCAACACUCCAACAAGUCAAACCCCAGAUCCGACUCAUUGUAACCCACUGACGGCACAGUCAGAGUCACCUGUGCGUGUAUUCUUCAACGCAGCUACCUCAUAUCCCACCAAAGCUGUCUCCACCUCAGAUUUGUGUGAGCUGGAGGUUGUGAACCAGGCAAAGACAGAUUUUCGACCAACCGUUCAUGGUGCUAAGCCUCAACUCGCAGGGUCUUCGCCUAACUCUGAUGCUGCUCUGAAGGUGCAGACUGUUAUAGUGACUAGAAGUACUCCGGUUAUCAUCUGUCGGGACUCUCUGCAGCCAAGAAAUCUCGGGAAGUCGGAUGUAAGAGAAGCGCCUGUUGCUGGGGUAGAGAAGCAAGCUUGCACACCAGGCGAGACCAAAGACGAAGGUGAAAUAUAUAAAGAGCCACAAAAAGAGAAGCCCUUUCCCCCCUUUAUGCUACUUACCGAGGCAAACACCAAACCCCCCACAGGAAAGCACGAACCAAACUUUGUUGUGGAUGGCACUCGGGCAGCAAUGCCAGAGGAUAACCCUGUGCCAAAGAUCUCGACUUCCUCCGUAGACAGCAGCUCCACUUUGUCCUGCUGUUCGGAAAGCACUCGUUCCUCGUUUUCUUUUGACACCGAGUCAGAGACCGGGUGCGGCGAUGCCAGCUUCUCCGCUCUGCCUGGAUCCUGGGGGCCAGAGGGAACGGGCUCGCUCGCCUGCCCGACUCUGACAUCAGUAAGGAAGGAGAGGAAGAAGCGCAGCAGGUGUGGGGCGUGCGAGCCAUGCCUCAGGAAGAUUAACUGUGGCCAGUGCAGCUGCUGCCUCAAUCGCAGGACCGGCCACCAGAUCUGCAAGCUUAGGAAGUGUGUGGAGCUGAAGAGGAGAAGAUCUUCAUCUGUAAUCAGUCAACGUGACGCACAGGUGGCUCCUGAAAUCGGCUCAGUAAAUGGCAAAGGCAAGGAACAGAUGGAUGAUACCUACAUGGCAGCGGAGGAGGACGAGGAGGAGGAUGGCCACAUACCUCACACUCAAUCUCCCGUCAUUGUCCAGUCCUUCACCAACCAUAGUGGACAGCCAGCACUUAUUAAAAGAGAGUCAGAGAUGGAUUUGACCAAUUCUGCACUUCACCGCCACAUAUGCUCUUCUGUGACUCAUCAGAAUGUUUCUGAAGGGAGUCUUACAAAGCCUAAAGGUGCUAAUAUGACCAACGGGUCUCAGUCUGAUCUGAAAUCAGCAUGUAAAAGGACGUCAAUGGCAUCGGAGCUUCAAAGGACUAUUAUUGCCACAAUCCCAAAAGACGGCUCAGAGAACGGGCCAAAGGCGUCUCCAGAUGAUGUGUCACUUCCACUAAAGAAGAUCAAACUGGAAGAGCCGUGGCUGUGGAUCACUGAGCAGACUACCACACAGCUGACUAGGCAAGAUGACGAUACGUGCGAAGAUCCUCUGUCGAUGUUGGCAGCAGUUGUCUGCCUGUCCGUCACAGAGAGGAAGGGACUAGAAGAGAAACUUCUCAGUACACGUUCUUCCAUUCUGUGCUCCAUUAAGACAGAACCACCAGAUUUUCACUUUGUCAAAACAGAAAAAGAUGAGUUGAAGAAAAGCACUCCUGCUAAUUCGCAAAGGACUCCCCAACCCAUCAAAAGUGAACCUCCUCAAGCUGUCCUGUUACCCAGUGUGCAGUCCUUGGCGGAGAGGAGAAACCUUAGUUUUGAUCAGGCUAUUGCUAUCGAGGCCUUGACUCAACUGGCGGUAAUACCACAAAGUCCCUCAGGUCCCAUUAAAGCUGAACACCCCAUUUCCUCUAGUUCCCCAGGUUUCCACACAAAUCCUGCACAGCAAGCAGCUAAACGUGCAUCAGCCAUCCACUACAACAAAGUCUCAGUCAUCAGCUCACCGCUACACCAGACUUCAGUGAUACGCCCUCCUGUGGCCAGGCAGGGGAAUGUCAUCCAGUGCUCCAGAAGGCUGAGCUCUGAUACAAAGCCUUCUGUUGCAGAAAUGCGCACAAACUGCAGGGGGAGAGAGCAAGGUCAGGCUCCUUAUGUCAUCCAUUCACAGUGUAGCUAUAAGGACUCCAGUAGGGGUCAUGAGCGGUUAGUGGAGGAUAGGGAAAGGUGUGUCAUUAAAAUGAGGAGGAACAGGGACGAGGAAGAAGUGGCAGCUCAGCUGGCGGAUCUGGCCUUCAUCAUCCAGGCGCGGCACAAUCAGCAGUCUGACAACGGCCCCCCUAAGGGAACACCUGUUUCAGCUAUAAAGUACAACUACAAAUCCCAGCAAAGCCCCUGUCAGAAAAAGCCUCCCUUAAAAAAGACCAAAACUACGCCGUCCAAACCCAGGAAGAGGAAAAGUGAUGGAUUACAGGAGGGAGCGAGUCGUAGGACCGGGCAGGGUGUGGAGACGCCUCAGAGGAGCCGAGGCCAGAAUGGUCUCCCACACGGGAAAUCGAGUCGUCAACCCAAGAACAAUUUCUUUUUGCCGUUGGCUCAAAUUGAUUUGAAGAAAUACUUGGCUGAGGCUCAAGAAGGAAGGAGGCAACUGAUCCAUCAAAGUAACAUUCACAAUACAAGUCUGUCUCAGAAUCCCAACAAUCUGUUCACCAUGAACCACACUGGUGCUGGAGGAAACCACCAGUGGUCGCUUCCUAAUGGUCUGCCUCUCCCACACAAUCAAUGCAAUGGUUUUGUUGAGGGGCCAACAGAGAGGCACAUGUUAUCUCAGGUAGCGCCGCCUGUUGGCGAGCUGCAGCACGGCGAGCUGCAGCACGGCGAGCUGCAGCACGGCGCUCAUUCUAACACCAGUCCUGCAAAACCAGCUUUUAUUAGCAACGUCAAUGGGUUCCGUGUUCUGAGCAACGUCUUCUCAGGGCCUCCUGACUCCCCUCCUCCAAGCCAACAGAACUACUAUAAGCUAGAGACGUCCGGAUCCGUCACUGUCCUGUCCACAGCGACUGACGGGGCUCACCCUGCAGAGUCCACUCCAACCAGGAACGGUGUCAACAGCUUUCUGGAGUCUCCGAUGAGUUUCCUGGAUACACCCAUCAAGAACCUGCUCAGUACACCUUCCAAAAAACUGGCAGAUCUUCCUUCCUGUCAGUGUGUGGACCAAGUUAUUGAAAAGGAGGAAGGCCCUUACUACACUCACCUUGGGGCAGGACCCAACGUUGCCGCCGUAAGGGAAAUGAUGGAAAACAGGUAUGGUGCCAAAGGAAACGCAGUGAGGGUGGAAGUUGUUGUUUACACUGGGAAAGAGGGCAAGAGCUCCCAGGGGUGUCCCAUAGCUAAAUGGGUGAUCCGACGUGGGAGCGAAGAGGAGAAGUUGCUGUGCUUGGUCCGACAAAGACCGGGCCACUACUGCGACACGGCUGUGUUGGUGAUCCUCAUCCUGGCGUGGGAGGGAAUCCCUCGAACGGUGGCGGACCACCUUUACCAAGACCUCACAGAGACCCUCUUUAAAUAUGGCUCCCCCACCAGUCGCCGUUGCGCCCUCAACGAAGAUCGCACAUGUGCAUGCCAGGGUUUGAACCCGGACACCUGCGGAGCCUCGUUCUCCUUUGGCUGUUCCUGGAGCAUGUACUUCAAUGGCUGCAAGUUUGCCCGCAGCAAAGUGCCUCGCAAGUUUCGUCUGCUUGGAGACCUCCGGGAGGAGGAGGCAAAGAUUGAGAGCAACCUUCAGAGUUUGGCCACUGAUCUCGCUCCACUCUACAAAAAACUGGCUCCUGUGGCAUUCCAGAACCAGGUGGAGUGCGAGGCUGCAGGGGACGCUUGCCGGCUGGGCAGGAUGGAGGGUCGUCCUUUUUCAGGGGUCACAGCUUGCGUAGAUUUCUGCGCUCACGCUCACAAAGACACCAGCAACAUGAACAACGGCAGCACCGUGGUUUGCACUUUAACAAAGGAAGAUAACCGUGCGGUGCGAAAUAUACCUGAGGAUGAACAGCUUCAUGUGCUCCCACUGUACAAGAUCUCUGACAAAGACGAGUUUGGUCAGGUUGAAGGCCAGUGGGCCAAGAUCCGGAGUGGAGCUUUGCAUGUUCUCUCCUCCUUUCCCAGAGAGGUGCGUCUGCUGGCUGAGCCUGUGAAAUCUGCUCGUAAGAUAAGACAGGAAGCUCGUCUGAAGGCGCAGGCAGAGAAGAUGGAGAAGAAGCUCGGCAUGUCUUCUCUCACUCCUGGGAAAGUCAAAUCUGAAACCCCCAAUAAAGAGCCUCAAGGCUUCUACAGCGCUUAUGGACCACCGAGACCCACCAGUGUUGGCAGAGCCACACCGGAGAGAAAUCAAGCCGUUGCUUACAGCCACAGCGUCAGUAGCUGCUCUUCUCCGGUGGCGGGGAUCGCUUCGCAGCGGGAGGUCCUUCCCUCCAGCCACCACAGCGUAUCAAACCUUCAGUUUAAGCAUAACGGCGUAGCUGUCGGCUACCAUACUGCUGGUGCCACUAUGAGUGGUUUAACUCCAGCUUCUGGUGAGCAGGGUGCUUUACUAGAACGUAUACCUCCACAGAACCUCAACAACGACUUUCCCUUUAAAGCUGAGCCCAGCGAGAUGCACUGCUCCGCUCUGCACAGACUGUCCCCCUCCUCUUUCUCUGCCAGACCUACCUCUGAGGGCCUCUUCGGCAGGCUCAAUGGACUUCUUCGGGCUGCAGAAAGUGUUGCAGGAGAGGUCAGGGGUCACGACCUCCCUCCAGGCCAGUCUCUCCCCUUACAAACGCCGCCGCUCGAAGAACCGCAACAUGCGAAGCAGGAAGAGGUGUGGUCCGACAGCGAGCACAACUUCCUGGACGAGGACAUUGGUGGCGUUGCUGUGGCGCCGUCACACGGCUCAAUCCUGAUUGAGUGCGCGCGCCGCGAGCUCCACGCCACCACCCCCAUCCUCAAGCCGAACCGCCGCCACCCAACUCGCAUCUCCUUGGUCUUCUACCAGCACAAAGCCCUGAACGAGCCAGGCCACGGGAUGGCGAUGUGGGACGCCAAGAUGGCCAAGCGGGAGCGGGAGCGGGAGGAGGAGGUGGAGAGACUGAGGAUGGAGGGAAGCGGCGGUGCGGGGAAGAACAGAAAAACAUCAGGGGAUGGGGAGGGAGGGGAAGACGAGGAUAAGGAGACAGCAGAGGCAAGAAGGGUAAUGAAUGUCCCGACACGGCAGGCUUUCACUGCACCGACAGGCGGCGUUAUCACCGUGUCUCCUUAUGCACUUACACAUGUGACGGGCCCUUACAAUCGCUGGUCUUAGUCGGCAUGUUUCAACUGACUCACUCGAAACUCCUACACCGUGGUUCUGCCUUACCUCAUUCACCUUCAAACGGCUACUCUCAUCGUCAUCGUUUUUUGUUUUUUUUCUUUUUUAUUGUACUUUUCUAUUGUCUGCUAACUUUGUCCUUCUUAGAGUCUGCCAUCUUUGGUGACGGGAAGGAACAAAGUUUGUUGGCUUUUCAACUGUGAGUUUCGGUGCUGGUUUUUAAUGUAAAGAGAUGGUGCUUUGAAGCAAGAUGUUUUUAAACUGGUUUUAUACACAUGAUUUAGAACAAAAAAAAAGAUGUGAUUAUUUAUGUUGAUCAUAACAAUUUCUAUUUAAUUUCUGAUAUAAGCCUGUUUACUGCAAGAUGUCUAUGAUACCCUGCUUUAUAUUGUACAGUAGGAGUGUACUUUGGUGCCAUUCUCACUGUAACCCCCUGUAACCUUGGUUUAGCAAUUUUGUUACUUCACAUAAUUUUAUUUACUACAGGUUGUCACAUGUAGCAUUAUGCGUUUUCCUUUCACUGCCUCCGUCUUCUGUUGGUGGUUUUUUUUUAAAAAGUACUUUUUUCUUCAUUUAGAUAUUUUAUUCCUUUAAUUCACAGCUAUAAAUGGCAUAUUAAAAAGCACUUUCCCUUAACUUAACUUGAAAAACAGGGCAUAAGCCUGAAUUGUGUGUGCUGACAGAGAUACUAUACAGUAAAUUUGACAGUUAAAAAUUAACCAUGUUUUGUUUAACAGUAUUUCUGCAAUAAUUAACUUUUUAUUCAGUUUGAGUACACAUAUAUUUAAUGAAAUUCUGCUCUCACCAAAGUAAUGAAUCAUGAGAAACUAUCGAGAGUAGGUUCUCAGUUCCACCAGAGCCGGUCCAAGGCUGUGUGAGGUCCUGAAUAGUUAGUUAGAUGUGGGGACCCUUGUAGCUGUCACCACAGCUCCGCUAAUGUCCCUUUGUUACUAUUGUUAGCUAGCAAUAUUAUAGCAUAUUAUGCUAUAAUAUGUAAUAGCAUGUUAGCUAAGACCUAGCUUCUGGCCAAUGAAUGUGCAUCCUUUAUAGCAGCAGGUUGAGCUAACAUUUAAACUAAUGUUAGCUUAUCAAGAAUUUCAGUAAGUUUGCUAGAUUUCAUUCUCACACUACAUUAAAUGUGGUUGACCACUUUUGUAUAGCGUAUCUCUUUACAUAGAUUAUUUUCUCGUAUUUCUUUCUUACAACAUUCACUUUUGUUUUAAAAAUAGAGUAUCUAGAGCUACAAUUAAACAUGGACACAGAAGUUAGCUGGUCAAUGAAAUUAGAUCAGUUUUAGCUUGAUUGGUGAUGUGGACGUAAUAUUUUAUCACAGUGUUUUGUUGCAUUUAUUCCGGUUAUGACAAAAAGUUUUAAGAAAAUUUAUCACUGUGUUUUUGAUAAUACUUCUUGAAUUACAUGCAGAUCGAAUCCGAACAAAUCCUUCUCUGAAAGUACAAUUUAACCACUACCAAAAAGCCCGCUUCACCACAACAGUUAUAUUAAUUAGAGCACUUGAGCUGUUAAACAGUGCACAUCGGAUUGAGUGAUAUUUUGACACGUGCAGCAGUUACUGAUGCUCUUACAGAUCCUACUGUAAGAAGAGAAAAAAUAAUUUAAACAGACAAUGUAGCAGACCCGAUUGACCGAUUGUGAGGUUUGCUAAGUUUAUCAGUGAGAGGUUAUCCUUACUUUUGGCAAAAUAUUCAUAAUUACACAAAUUAGACCAAGACAGAAGACUCUGCGUUAUACUUGGAGACAUAUUUGGGAGCAGUGAGGGAGCCGACCCAAAAGAUCAGAAUCUUUGAAAAGAGAUGAACUCUCCCUCACUAGUUAAGAACUGUACUAACCUUUCAGAUUGUUACUAUAAAAUGCUAAAAGCAGUGAAAAUGGACGGCUGCAUUGUACUUCUGUUUUGUAUCAAUUCCUCUCAUAUCUUCAAUUGCUCAUGCCUUGGGCCGGCUCUGGUAUUCCACUCUUGGAAGAGGCGUCUUUCAUAGGGAACAAGUGUGAUUAUAGGACUUCAAAAUCUAACUGUAUAUUUUAAUGGUGCUAUCUUACAAGAAGCUAUAAAUGUGUCAGAUGUCAACACAACACCCUCUUGUUGUAAAACCACUUGAACACCAUGUCGCACUCAAACAAUUUCUUAAGAUGUUUUUUCAAGUGCCCAGCUCUUGUGAAGACCUUUGUUUACAUAUAUCUUUUUACAGGGUCUCAGUAAAAGGGCUGGGAGUAGCUCCUGGGAAUUUUUUUGUACCCAUUAAAGAGACGCUCUUUAUUUUUAGGAACUAAGAUGAUUGCAACUUUAGUACAACCCUUCACUCAUAUUCACACUAAGACAGAUGACAUUACGUUUUUAUCUGAAACAUUUGGUCGCCUGCUUAAACUCGGUUUUGGUGCUAAAAGACAAGAUGUCAAAGUGCAGACACUGACUUAAACUGGUUCUAAACUGUAUAACGGUGCUUUUUCUAGAACCCGUCCUUGUCGAAUGUGUUCAGACAUUGUCUGUAUCAUUUCCUUUGUCAAACAUUGGCAGACGGGGGACAACAGUCGGAAGCAUUAAUACGUUUUUCAAGUGCAAGUUGAAGGUGCAUACUGGUGCAGUUUUUCAUUUACAGUUUAAAUGUCUUCCACAUUUUAAAGAUUUCUCCAGCAGCUCUUAAAAAAAAUCUGAACCUACAUGCAAAAAAUAAAUAAAUAAAUGAAUGUAAAACUGUUUGGAAUCCACUGAAUUUUAAACAUCACACAAUAAAAUGAAAAUUGUAUUUUUUUUUUUAAUUAUUUCUUUUGAACGGACAUUUUCUGUCCACAUGAAACAUUUUUGUAACGAGCACCAGCAUUUAGACAGACUGUAAAUAUGUAUGUGAACCACAUUGUUUUUACUGUACUGUUAAAGGUGUUUUAGACAAUGGGUGAUCUUGCUUAUUUUAAAACUGAAUUACUGUAUGUUGCUAAAAGUAUAUCCAGUUUAGACUUGAGAAGAGACUAAAUUUAGCAUUCCUUUUACGGAUGGCUGAUCUCUUUCAGGAUUGUGAAAUAAAGUCAUAUUUAUAUUUUGGACCUCA